CAACAAGUCACUCUGGAGAUAUCUCAUCUCUUCGGAUUAAUUCGGACCGAUGAGUUGUCUUCUUGCCAAUGGGAAUCGAAGCAGAAGCUUGUCAAGGCGCCACGACUCACAGUUGUACUGGAGAGAUGUGAGAAUCUGACGCAACUAGUGUGCAAGGAGAUUCUAUCAUGCGAUAGUCUGCCUGUGCGGCUGGGGAUGAUCUCGUUUUGGCUCAAUGUGACGACCAAUCUGCUGCAAAUGGGCAACUUGCCUGCAGGCAUGGCCACAUUCGCCGCCCUCAAGAGCCCGGCCGUGAGCAGACUAAGGCAGACAUGGCGG